CGUUGCAUGGCACAUGGUUGUAUCGGGUUGUAUAGCGGUGCGAAGUGUGGGACUUGUUUUACGUGAGCAACUCGUGCAAUUUUUAUAAAUCCGUUUUUUCGUCCACGACAGAGAUUCUUACUCAUUAUUGAUAGUGAGAUUUCAUCUAUUUGCUGUUUGCUCAUAGCCCCCCUAUACCGGUGUCAUGGAGGAGAACUCUGCGGAUAGGAAUGUUGAGAUCUGGAAGAUCAAGAAACUCAUCAAAAGUUUGGAACUAGCAAGGGGAAAUGGCACAAGCAUGAUUUCCCUCAUCAUCCCCCCUAAAGAUCAGAUUGCCAGAAUCAGCAAAAUGUUGGCUGAUGAAUUUGGAACUGCCUCUAAUAUCAAAUCACGAGUAAAUAGGCUUUCUGUCCUGGGUGCCAUCACAUCAGUCCAACAGAGAUUAAAACUCUAUGCCAAAGUACCUCCUAAUGGAUUGGUUAUUUAUUGUGGAACAAUUGUCACAGAAGAGGGAAAAGAAAAGAAAGUGAAUAUUGAUUUUGAGCCUUUUAAGCCCAUCAAUACAUCACUGUAUUUGUGUGACAACAAGUUCCAUACAGAAGCCUUGACAGCACUUUUGGCUGACGAUAACAAGUUUGGAUUCAUUAUCAUGGACGGUAACGGAGCUUUGUUUGGAACUCUGCAAGGAAACACAAGAGAAGUUUUACAUAAAUUUACUGUCGAAUUACCCAAGAAGCACGGGCGUGGUGGUCAGUCUGCCUUGCGUUUCGCUCGUUUGCGUAUGGAAAAACGACACAACUAUGUACGUAAAGUGGCCGAAGUAGCCACUCAAAUGUUCAUUUCCAACGACAAGGUAAACAUCGCCGGCCUCAUCUUGGCAGGAAGUGCUGACUUCAAGACGGAGCUUUCUCAAUCGGAUAUGUUCGAUCCCAGAUUGCAAGUCAAAAUCAUUAAGAUGGUUGACAUUUCCUACGGUGGUGAAAACGGUUUCAACCAAGCAAUAGAACUCGCCGCAGAAAGUCUUGCCAAUGUGAAGUUUAUCCAAGAAAAAAAAUUAAUUGGUCGAUACUUUGAUGAGAUCAGCCAAGAUACCGGCAAAUACUGCUUUGGGGUCGACGACACGCUUAAAGCAUUGGAACUAGGCGCUGUCGAAAUUCUCAUCUGUUGGGAGAACCUGGAUAUCAUGCGCUACAUGCUCAAGAUUCCCGGCACGGAAGCGACUAAAGUCCUUCAUUUGACCCCCGAGCAGCAAAAAGACAAUACGCAUUUCACGGACAAAGAGAGUGGAACGGAAAUGGAAUUAAUUGAAAGCCAGCCGUUACUGGAGUGGUUGGCAAACAACUACAAGUCCUUUGGUGCGACACUCGAAAUUAUCACCGAUAAAUCGCAAGAAGGUUCCCAGUUUGUCCGAGGGUUUGGUGGUAUAGGAGGCAUUUUACGUUAUAAAGUGGAUUUACAAAGUUUACAAGGCGACGUCCCACUGGACGACCAAGUCUACGAUUUAGACGAUUAUUAAAGAAAACACCAUCUAAUAGACCUACCAUCAACGGUUUCGGACCAUUUAUC